AUGCAACAACAUAUUGAAAAUGAUCAGGUCAAACACAUUGGGUCCAACCUCUGGAAGGAAGAUGAGAGUUGCAUCAGUUGGCUUGACACAAAAGACCCUGGCUCAGUUGUUUACGUUAACUUUGGAAGCAUUACAGUCAUGACAAAAGAACAACUCAUCGAGUUUGGGUGGGGACUGGCGAAUAGCAAGAAAGAUUUCUUGUGGAUUACAAGGCCCGACAUUGUCGGAGGCAAUGAGGCCAUGAUGCCACCAGAGUUUGUUGACGAGACAAAAGGGAGAGGCAUGGUGACUAGUUGGUGCCCUCAAGAACAGUUUUGUAAAAAUUUAAAACUGCACCGUCGGUUCUAUGUUCGGUUUCGGUUUUCGGUUAUUUCGCGGUUUUUCGGUUUUCGGAUCGUUUUUGUUCACCCUAAUGUCACACAUAAAUUUAAAUCUGUCACUAAAAAGUUUCUUUAUUGGUCUAUAUUUGAAGGUUUUAAGCACCCAACAAUUGGAGCAUUCCUGACUCAUAGUGGAUGGAACUCGAUUAUUGAGAGUAUUAGCAGCGGUGUACCGGUGAUUUGUUGGCCGUUUUUUGCAGAGCAACAAACGAAUUGUCGUUAUAGUUGUGUAGAGUGGGGGAUUGGAAUGGAAAUAGAUUCCAAUGUGAAGAGAGAGGAGGUGGAAGCUCAGGUGAGGGAGAUGAUGGAUGGGAAGAAAGGGAAAAUGAUAAAAUGUAAGGCUUUGGAAUCGAAGAAGAAAGCGGAAGAAGCAAUUGCUAUUGAGGGGUCGUCUUAUCUCAACUUUGAUAAAUUAGUUACCGAGGUUCUCUUGAGAAAGUGAAGUCAAUAUUCAAUAAUAGUAGUUAUUAAUAUUGUCAUAAAAGGUAUUCCAAACUUUAGUUGGUGUUGACUUAAGAAAAGAUGUCAAUGUAACUAGACAUUUACUAGGUACAACGUGUAUGUCUUUGGUUCACACAAACUGUAAAUAUUAUGAAAAAAAAAUAUAAUUGUGUAUUCUUAUCAUUAAAGACGAUAUUAUUUAUAGAUGA